GUGAACGCACCCAAUUAUUCCAGCUAUUCAUUCAUUCAAGCACACGAGUCAAACUAAAGAGUCAAAAGUUGUGCGGUUUCAACUGUGUAAUUUCUAUUACAGAAUAUUUAUACUUGUAAAACGAAUAAUAGUAUUAAUAAACAAUGACAGACGUUGCGAAGAAGGUUCAAGACUAUAAAGAUUCACUCAAACAAAAGGCAGAGCACCUAAUUAUAAAAGGAUUUCCAGAAAAGAUAGUAAAGUUGAAUGAACUUCUAGAAACGUCAAAUUUUCAAAAUCGAGAUCUUUCAGAUGUUCAUCAGGACUUAAACAUUCCAGUGCCUCCUCCAGCUCAGUCUGUGAAUGAGCCAAAUGCUAAAAGGCAGCGUAUAGACUCAUCUGAGGUAUCAAGUAAUUCAACUAUUGAAGGCACUAGAGUGUAUGCACUGCCUAAUGGAACAGUACCAUGUAAUAAGCCUCUUAGUGAUCUAAUACAUCUUGUCAAACCUCAUAUUAGAGAACUUGUUGAAGACUCAAACUUACUUAAAAUGUGGAUUUCAUUUAUGAUUCCAAAAAUAGAGGAUGGAAAUAACUUUGGUGUGUCAAUACAAGAAGAUACUCUUGCUGAGAUACAAUCUGUGGAAUCGGAAGCUGCAGCUUUCUUUGACCAAAUUUCACGGUACUUUAUUUCACGAGCAAAGAUAGUAUCCAAGGUUGCAAAAUAUCCACAUAUUGAUGACUACAGAAGAGCUGUUAGAGAACUAGACGAGAAGGAGUAUUUGUCUCUUUGGCUUGUUAUGUGUGAGAUUCGCAACCGCUAUUGUUCUUUACAUGACAUUGUCAUUAAGAAUCUAGAAAAAAUUAAAAAGCCACGCUCGUCUAAUGCAGACUCAUUAUAUUAGGUCUUAACUUUAAUCUCAACUAGUAAUCUUAGGUGCAAGGAUACCUUGUGAAUUUUAAGGGUAACUACCGAAAAUUUAUCUCGUUUUUUAUUCACUAGGUAUAUCACUGUAUAUAUUUAAUUGACAGUAUUUAAACACAUAGGUGAUUAGGUGCAAACUAAUGUGCUAUACUAUAGCACGUAAUAACUGUUUAAAAUAGACACAAUACUUAGCUAACUUUCUCUAAUGUUAGCAAUCACAACACAA